AUGCAGCUCUACAGCACCGUCGUCACCCACUACCCGGCAGCGAGCGCCUCGGCGGCCGGCGGCGGGGCCUCGGCGAGCGGCGUCUACAAGGCCUCCCCGGAGCCUGCGGGCCCGAGCCCGGUGGGAGCCGAGAGCGGCGCGGCUGGAGGAGGAGGAGGCGGAGGAGGAACGCCGGCCGCCGCCAUGCCCGCCUUCUCCUGCCUGGACCUGCUGCCUCCGACGGGCCCGGCGCAGAGGAAGCCGCCGCCAUGCUACGGCCCCGCCGCUCCCGUGGGCCGCCGCCGGCCCCUGGAGAGGGCCGUGCCCGUCCGCCUGGGGCAGCGCUCGGAGGCCGGCGAGCUGGGCCGCCCGUGGGGGCUGCUGGAGGGCCCCGCGGAGGAGCCCGGCCACCGCGGCCUCCGCUUCGGCGAGCACCGCCAGGCCUUGCAGGCGGCCGGCGCCGCCUGCCCGGGCCUCUCCGCCGAGCCCCAGCCGCCGUCCGGGCCGGGGGAGCCGGGGGAGGAGGAGGGCGGCGGCGGCGCGGCGCGGCCGAGCGAGAAGCUGGCCCUGCACCUGGCGGAGGUGGAGAAGCAGGACAAGUACCUGCGCCGCAGGGGCCGCUUCCGCUUCCACAUCAUCCCCGACGGCAACUGCCUGUACCGCGCCGUCUGCCAGGCCGUCCACGGCGACCAGCGGCUGCACGGCGAGCUGCGCGAGCAGACGGUGCACUACAUCGCCGACCACCUGGACCUCUUCAGCCCGGUCCUCGAGGGCGACGUGGGCGAGUUCCUCGUCAACGCCGCGCAGGACGGCGCCUGGGCCGGCUACCCGGAGCUCCUGGCCAUGGGGCGCCUGCUGGACGUCAGCGUCCACCUCACCGCCGGCGGCCGGCCCGAGAGCCCCACCGUCGCCACCAUGGCCCACUACCUGGGGCCCGACGACCCGCGCCGCCGCGGCAUCUGGCUGAGCUGGCUCAGCAACGGGCACUACGACGCCGUGCUGGACCGCCAGGGCCCCAACCCCGAGUACGAGGAGUGGUGCCGGCAGGCGCAGGUGCAGCGCAGGAGGGACGAGGAGCUGGCCCGCGCCAUGGCCGUCUCCUUGUCCAAGAUGUACAUCGAGCAGAACGCCUGCUCCUGA